UCGGAAGAGCGGCGAGAGCUACGGGGUGUGGGGUAGGAAGGAGGGGGCAUACCAGGAGGUGAGACUGGGGGGUGGUCAGGACAUGAAACUGGAGCUUGGAGGGGAGCCGGGGACAGAAAUGGGGGAGGCGGGAGACACUGGGGUUGUGUGAGAUCUGCUCAGUUGGUAAUAAUCGGAGGUGUUAAGUUCCAAGGUGGGAGAGGGGUUGAGAAGGAAGGCUGGGUGGGGAGAAGGGGCUUUAGGGCGUGGCCCUGGGAUGGUCAGCAGGUGGACGAGGGUUGAGCUGAGAUCCAGGGCCAGGUGGGGAAUAGGCAGGGUGGGGGCUCACUAGGCAAUGGGCAGGUGGCCUGAGGUGUGAGGCUGGUAUAAAGAAGUGAAGCAGGGUCCCAGUGGCAGAGAGGAUGAGUCUGGUUGGGGAGACCAGCACAGACUGAGGGUGGUCCCAGAGUGGAAGGGUCCUCAGGGAGGGAGCCCCACAGUGAGGCCCUAGGCUGGUCAGGGGGGCACCCCCCAUGGGGGAAGCCUCUGCCUGGGGGUCGCUGGAGCCAUGCUGUCCCGCAAGGGCAUCAUCCCUGAGGAGUAUGUGCUGACACGACUGGCAGAGGACCCUGCGGAGCCCCGGUACCGCGCCCGUGAGCGGAGGGCCCGCUUCGUGUCCAAGAAGGGCAACUGCAACGUGGCCCACAAGAACAUCCGGGAGCAGGGCCGCUUCCUGCAGGACGUGUUCACCACGCUGGUGGACCUCAAGUGGCCGCACACGCUGCUCAUCUUCACCAUGUCCUUCCUGUGCAGCUGGCUGCUCUUCGCCAUGGUCUGGUGGCUCAUCGCCUUCGCCCACGGUGACCUGGCACCUGGUGACCUGGCCCCCAGCGAGGGCACCACGGUGCCCUGCGUCACCAGCAUCCACUCUUUUUCAUCUGCCUUCCUUUUCUCCAUCGAGGUCCAGGUGACCAUUGGUUUCGGCGGGCGCAUGGUGACAGAGGAGUGCCCGCUGGCCAUCCUGAUCCUCAUCGUGCAGAACAUUGUGGGGCUCAUGAUCAACGCCAUCAUGCUGGGCUGCAUCUUCAUGAAGACGGCCCAGGCCCACCGGCGGGCUGAGACCCUCAUCUUCAGCAAGCACGCCGUCAUCGCCUUGCGCCACGGCCGCCUCUGCUUCAUGCUGCGCGUGGGCGACCUCCGCAAGAGCAUGAUCAUCAGCGCCACCAUCCACAUGCAGGUGGUGCGCAAGACCACCAGCCCCGAGGGCGAGGUGGUGCCCCUCCACCAGGUGGACAUCCCCAUGGAGAACGGCGUGGGUGGCAACAGCAUCUUCCUGGUGGCACCCCUCAUCAUCUACCACGUCAUCGACGCCAACAGCCCGCUCUAUGACCUGGCGCCCGGUGACCUGCACCACCAUCAGGACCUGGAGAUCAUCGUCAUCCUGGAAGGUGUGGUGGAAACCACGGGCAUCACCACCCAAGCCCGCACCUCCUACCUGGCCGACGAGAUCCUGUGGGGCCAGCGCUUUGUACCCAUUGUGGCCGAGGAGGAUGGCCGCUACUCCGUGGACUACUCCAAGUUUGGCAACACCAUCAAAGUGCCCACGCCGCUCUGCACGGCCCACCAACUCGAUGAGGACCGCAGCCUGCUGGACGCCCUGACCCUCGCUUCAGCCCGUGGGCCACUGCGCAAGCGUAGCGUGGCCGUGGCCAAGGCCAAGCCCAGGUUUAGCAUAGCUCCAGAUUCCCUGUCUUGAACCAUGGUCCCUUGAGCCCCCACAUCCUGUGUGUGCACAUGGGCAGUGUGGUGUGGUGUGCAGAGUGGACACAGUGUGGGCCUGUUGGCCAGGCCAGGACCUGAGGUGAGGCUGGGCUCUUCCGGGCUCAGCCUCCCCCCCUGCUGCUCGUCCAGGGUGCUACAAGGCACUUGUCACUACGCUAUUUCUGGCCGCAGCAGGAGCCUAUACUGGGUUUAUUUUUGUCCCUGCUCCUCCCAGCCCCAGCUCAGGACUGGCUGGUCCCCUUCCCCUGACCCAAGGCUGGGGAAGCUGUGGGAAGUGUCAGGCCCUGAAGCUGGGUCUCCAGCUAGUCCUGGAUCUCCAUGAUGGACUGGCCACAGGCUGGGCCGAUGGCUGGGGAAGAACACUCCCAAGGUCGGAGGCCUGCUGCUGUGUUUCUGUGGCCCUGAGAUGUGCCUGUGGUCAGGCCCUAGAAGCCCUUGUCCCUGAAAACGUGAUGAGCUAAAGAGUGGCCCAGCCACGUGGGAAGGGCAGACCGUGAGGGAGCACAUUCCAGCGGACAUUGGACUAUGUGGAGCCUACACAGACAGGGACAAGCUAAGGCUGGCAGGGCUCCCCUCCAUGAGCAGGCCCGAGCGGGGAGGAAAUGGCAUGAGGAUGCUCAGCUUCGCUGAGUCCUGCUCAGGCACAGGGAACAGGAAAUGGGCCCUGAGCCCUCGCCCUAACACAUGGGCUGUGGCUGCUGUACCUGUCUGCUCCCAUUCUGGCCCCUACCCUCAGAGGCUGGCGUGGGCGGGGGCAGACAUUGUCAUGCCUCACAGAAAGGGGCUGAUGAGAUGGGGGUCCUUGGCCCACACACUCGGUGGGUCUCAGACCAAACUCUGGUCCUGGCUCCCAGCAGUGGCUGCCCCUCACCACUCACUUUGUCCAGAGGAUGACCGUGGAGGGCGUUUGGGUUCCUCAGAAAGGAAAUGUUGGAAAGUUCAGGAUGGUGGGGGUGAGCGAGGUCCCUGAGGCAAAGAGGCCUCUGGCCCUGAAGCGCUUGACCCCAAGCCUGAACUCGCAGAACAGUGCUAUGUGGACUUGCCCAGAAUUCUGCCUUUUCCCUUGUCAAUAAAGCCUCCCUCUUUCAUGACCUAAAUACUGGGCUGUUCUUGCUGGGGAGGCAGGUGGCAUACUCAUGGAGGGCAGGGGUUGGAGCUGCCAGCCCCUAUUCCAGAGGUGCCAUAGUCCGCAGGACUGGGAAGGGACCUGAGUCUGGCCCUCUUCCCCAGUUCAGGGCGACUUUCCUCUCCUGCCUCAGGUAGCCCAGCCCUGCCAUCCCGCCUUUCAACCUUUGGGCACCCACCAGGCUUAUAGCCCAACCUCUACUUUCAGGAAUCUGCUGGAAGGCUGAGGUGCUCAGGGAGAGAGGCGGGUGGUCACAUGCGUUAGUGUAGUGAUUAUAGCAUAAGCUCUCAAGCCAGCUGCUUGGGUUCAAGCCCUGGGCCUCCUUGAAGUCCCAGAUUUGAGACUGAUGACAAACUCAGCUGUGGUAAUGUCUGUGGAUUUGGCAUCUAGCUCUAAGACCUUGGUCAAGUAACAACCUCUGUGUGCCUCAGUUGUCUCAUCUAUAAAGUGGGUAUACUAAUAGCACCUACCUCAGAAUUGUUGUGGGAGUAAAUGAGAAACAUGUAAAAUGCUUAAGUGUCUGGUCCAUAAUACGUCCUCAAUAAAUGUUAACUACAGUGAUUGCUGUUGAAUCAGUCACAGGAUGAGACAACCGACCGAGCAAAUGUUAAGAGAGAAGGUGCUAUUAUAUUUGCCCUCAGUGAUGAGUUUCUCUGCCUGGUCUUAUUUUCUUCACAAUGCCCCCUCCCAGCUGAUCACAGGGGCUGUGGCAGCACCACUUACCUGGUCUUCUUGUCUUCAUCUCACCCCCUCAGUGCAUCUGCCAUGCAGCCACCAGUGGUCUUGUUAAAAGGGUUGUGAUCCCCUCCCAUGUCAGUAGUUCCCCGUCGCCUUCUGGGUCAAGGCUAGAUCCCAGGGCCAGCCAUUUCAGGCUGUGGCUGCUUUCUAGCCUUACAGUUCACAGUUCUCUUGCCAGGACCCUGUGUACCCUCCCACUCCCCUAGCUGCUGUCCUAUCCCCGCCUUGCAUAUAACAUUGGCCCUCCUGCCUCCGAGCCUUGCUUGUUACUCCCUUUGCCUGGACUACCCAGGCCUCAUCUCUGCCUGUUGAAAUCCAUAAAAGUCCAAAUGAUGCCUCCUUGAAGCCUUCCCUGGUUCCUCUGGAGAGAGAUGGUCCCGUCCCUCUGUGUUUGUAGGCAUUCUACUUUUGCUUGUAUUUAUAGGUCUGUGUCCCCCUCCCCAAGUUCAUGGCUCCUUGAGCUCAGGGACUUUCUGAUUUAGCA